UCGAGGGUAACACUACUAAAUCCUGACAAUGGCAAAUGUGACCAAGAAAUCCACUUCCAGAACGAAUCUUUCUGCUUUUUCGAUGAAUACUCAAGCAGUGGCCAAGCCUGUCACACCGAUAAAGACCAAGGCAGCCUACAAACUUUAUCCCCCAAGCAUUCUUAAUGGAACGGGCCUAAAGAACAACAAACGUAGGAAACGUGGCCUACAAAGGAGUUGCACCAGGAAGGAUUCUGAAGAAUUAACUCCACCCAUGGCAAAGAAAGGCAAAGAUUCACCACUAGUGGAGGAGUCGCAGCCUUUGAUGGAGCAACCUACAAAUCCUAUUGAGGAUCGACCCACUACCUGUGAAGCAAGCACCAUGACGGAUGCUGAAGAAGUAACUCCACCCUUGCUGAAGAAAGGUAAAUAUUCACCACCAGUGGAGGAACCACAGCCUCUGGUGGACCAAACUGCAAAGCCUGCUGAAGAUCGACCCACUACCUGUGAAGCAAGCACCAUGACUGAUCCUGAAGAAGUAACUCUACCUGUGCUGAAGAUGGAGGAGACACAGCCUCUGGUGGACCAACCCACUACCUGUGAAGCAAGCACCAUGACUGAUGCUGAAGAAACAACUCCACCUGUGCAGAAAGAAAGAUGGAGGAGUCACAGCCUCUAG